CCCCUGACCAGGAAGCGCUGAAUGGGUGAGAAGCCAGCCCAGUUAGGUCGCGAGGAAGGAUGGCGAUAUCUUCGCUGAAGCUUCAGGAUCUAAUCGAGGAGAUUCGCGGGGCUAAGACCCAGGCCCGGGAGCGGGAGGUGAUCCAGAAAGAGUGUGCCCACAUCCGGGCCUCCUUCCGCGAUGGGGACCCUCUGCACAGGCACCGCCAGCUGGCCAAACUGCUUUACGUCCACAUGCUGGGCUACCCUGCCCACUUUGGACAGAUGGAGUGCCUGAAACUGAUCGCCUCCCCGAGAUUCACAGACAAGAGGGUGGGCUACCUUGGGGCAAUGCUGCUACUAGAUGAGAGGCAGGAUGCCCACCUGCUCAUUACCAACAGCAUCAAGAAUGACCUGAGCCAGGGGAUUCAACCAGUACAGGGCCUGGCCUUGUGCACUCUGAGCACCAUGGGCUCUGCUGAAAUGUGCCGGGACCUGGCCACGGAGGUGGAGAAACUGCUCUUGCAACCUAGCCCCUACGUGCGCAAGAAGGCUGUUCUGACUGCAGUGCACAUGAUCCGGAAGGUUCCUGAGCUCUCCAACAUCUUCCUCCCACCCUGUACCCAACUGCUUCAUGAGCGCCACCAUGGCAUCCUGCUGGGCACCAUCACCCUGAUCAUGGAGCUCUGCAAGAGAAGCCCUGGAGCCCUCAGUCAUUUUCAAAAGGUGGUACCCCAGCUGGUGCAGAUCCUCCGGACUCUUGUGACGUUGGGAUACUCCACAGAACACAGCAUAUCUGGAGUCAGCGACCCCUUCCUGCAGGUCCAGAUACUUCAUCUGCUUCGGAUUCUGGGCCGGAACCAUGACGAGAGCAGUGAGACCAUGAAUGACUUGCUGGCCCAGGUGGCCACUAACACAGACACCAGCCGAAAUGCGGGCAGUGCGGUCCUGUUGGAGACAGUGCUCACCAUUAUGGACAUUCAUUCUGCAGCAGGCCUCCGGGUUUUAGCUGUCAACAUUCUUGGCCGCUUCCUACUCAACAAUGACAAGAACAUUAGGUAUGUGGCCCUGACAUCGCUGCUGCGGCUGGUGCAGUCUGAUCACAGCGCUGUGCAGAGGCACCGGGCCACUGUGCUGGAAUGUCUGCGGGAACCUGAUGCCUCCCUUAGCCGGCGGGCCCUGGAAUUGAGCCUGGCUCUGGUGAAUGGCUCCAAUGUGCGAGCCAUGAUACAGGAGCUGCAGAGCUUUUUGGAGUCCUGUCCCCUGGAGCUACGGGCUGAUUGUGCCUCAGGCAUCCUGCUGGCUGCAGAGAGGUUUGCCCCAACCAAGCGGUGGCACAUAGACACCAUUCUGCACGUGCUGACAACGGCAGGUACCCACGUGCGGGAUGAUGCAGUAGCUAGCUUGACCCAACUGAUUGGAGGGGCCCAGGAGCUACACGCCUACUCCGUGCACUGCCUCUACAGUGCCCUGGCAGAAGACAUCUCCCAGCAACCACUGGUGCAAGUGGCCGCCUGGUGCAUCGGGGAGUACGGGGACCUCCUGCUGGAGGGGAGCUGUGAGGAAACUGAGCCCCUUCAAGUGGAGGAAGAGGAGGUGUUGGCACUGCUGGAAAAGGUGCUGCAAUCCCAUAUGUCCCUGCCAGCCACUAGAGGCUAUGCCCUCACAGCGCUCAUGAAGCUUAGCACCCAGUUCCGUGGGGACAACAACCGCAUCCGCCAGGUGGUGUCCAUCUAUGGAAGCUGUCUAGAUGUGGAGCUGCAGCAGCGGGCUGUGGAGUACAACACCCUUUUCCGGAAGUAUGACCACAUGAGCCCAGGAUCCACAAAGAGGGUAUUCCAAGGAGACAGCACUGCCUUCCAUCCACUCAGGGCUGCUAUCCUUGAAAAGAUGCCUCUUAUGGAACAAAGUGGCCCUCAGAUUGAUGAGGAGGCAAAAGAAAGCAAAGCAGCAGCCCCUGUAUGCACAGAGCCCCAGGCCUCGAAGCUCUUGGAUCUGUUAGAUCUCCUGGAUGGUGCCUCAGGGGAUGCCCAGCAUCCUCCCCCUCUGCAGCCCUCCCCAGGAGGUACCUUCGUUCACCUCCUCGACCUUCCCUGCACUCCUCCAGCCCUAGCUCCCAUCCCAAAUCUCAAGGUGUUUGAGCGCGAGGGACUACAGCUGAAUCUCUCUUUUGUUCGACCUCCUGGAACCCCUACUUUGCUUUUAAUCACUGCCACCGCCACCAACUCCUCAGGGGAUGAUGUCACCCACUUCAUCUGCCAGGCCGCUGUGCCCAAGAAUUUCCAACUACAGCUGCAGGCCCCCAGUGGGGACACAGUUCCAGCUCGGGGUGGCCUUCCCAUCACCCAGCUCCUCAGAAUCCUCAAUCCCAACAAGGCCCCCUUGCGGUUAAAGCUGCGCCUCACCUACAGCCACUUUGGCCAGUCAGUACAGGAGAUCUUUGAGGUGAACAACUUGCCUGUGGAGACAUGGCAGUAAUGGGUUCAGGGGCUCAGCCUCCACUCAUAGCCUCAAGCCCUCUGUGCCCCGAGCCCAGGGGCCCUGGCAGUUUGGAGCCUACACCUGAGGGCUACCAGCAGGUGGCGCUCUGGCCCUUGCGUCCCACUGUAAAAACAGUGGGGGUUUCCCACCCUCUCCCACAAAUGAUGAAAGCCCAAUAAAACCUGAGCGGGGGAAGCAUA